CGUGACUGUUUUUCGUAAGCUGUACUAACCCCCCUGAACGUAUAAAUGCUGACUUGAAACAGGCUGAAUUCUCAGUGUGUCUAUUUUCGGGUUUAUGCCCUAUUGUAUUCUUUUCACGUAUCAAUUUGUCGCUAGUUUAUUUUAAGAGUUAAAACUAAAAGUGGGCGUAGAAAAUUAAGAGUUUUUACUGCAUCAUCACUUUUUACAUCUGAAAGUAUGUUGAGUGUUAUCCUUUUGUUUGUGUUAUUGGUUUGUCUGUGCGUGAUUUUGGUGUUGAAACGUUGGAAAAUGGAUAGAAUGACAGAAAGUAUACCGCCAUUGCCUGGAGCUGCGCCAGUAAUCGGUUUAGCCCAUAAAGCCUUACACGGCGAUGAUGUUUUAUUGUGGGAGAGACUCAAGCAAUGGAGCUUGGAUACCAACGACCUAGGAGGGAUAGCCAAGGCGUGGUUCGGACCGAUAUUCUUUAUCUCUGUAACAGAUCCAGAGUUAUUCUUCACCAUAUCGAAUGCUUGUUUGGAGAAGAACCACAUGUACAAGUUCGCGUCUCGCUGGCUCGGCCGCGGACUCGUCACUGCUGACGUGUCAACAUGGAAGCGGCACCGCAAGCUCCUCCGCCCCGCGUUCAGCGCCUCCGUCGUGGCCACCUUCCUCCACAUCUUCAACCGACAGUCGCGGCAGCUGGUCAGCAAUGUGGAGCACCACGUCGGUGGAGGGUACUUUGAUGUGGCUCCGUAUGUGGCCGAGAUAUCUUUGGAGAGCAUUUGUCAAACAGCCACUGGCCUACCAGAUAAAGACGCGAAGGUGGUAGACAAGAACUAUAUCCGGGCCAUGAACGACAUGUUGAAAGUGGUUUUAACUCGAAUGUCCACAGUUUGGAUGCACAGUGACUUCUUGUUUAAGUUUUCCAAGACGAAAACCGUUGAAGACAACGCCAUCAAAGUUUUGAGAAAGCUUUCUGAUGAUGUGAUCGGAAAAAGAAAGCUCGCUCGAAAUGCAGAAAUAAACUCUAAAUUGGAGCCAGAUCAACGCAAUGAUUCCAGAUUCAAACCGUUCUUCGAGCUCAUAUUCGAGCUAGUAGACGAAGGCAGUCUAGACGAAGACGAGGCUAGGAGCGAGGUGGACACGGUGGUGGCGGCUGGCUACGACACGACGCAGACCACGCUGCUGGUCACACUGCUGGUGCUGGGGUCACGUGAUGAUGUUCAGGAGAAGGUUGUUGAAGAGUUAAUUGAUGAUUUAGUAGACGAAGGCAUUUUAGACGAAGACGAGGCUAGGAGCGAGGUGGACACGGUGGUGGCGGCUGGCUACGACACGACGCAGACCACGCUGCUGGUCACACUGCUGGUGCUGGGCUCACGUGGUGAUGUUCUGGAGAAGGUGGAUGAAGAGUUAGUUCCUUCAUUAUUAUAA